AGUGCAAGUGGAGGGAUUAGGGAAACUUCUUCUCCGACAAGCAUUUUAUAUAUAGUCGACAGCAUUCAGCCAGGCCCAGGGCCCAGGAGGGAGGACCGAGGAUGGCAGUAAACAACUAAACAAGAAGCACCCCCGCCACAGUCCCGGUGUGCUGUUGCUGUUUGUUUUCUAAAAUGGGGAGGACAGGUCAAACAAAUCUAGGAUGGCAUCUCCGUAAAUAUCCUUUUGUAGAAGGAUCAAUAUUCGGAUCGGUCAAUUUAAUAAUUAUUACAGGGGGUCAGUGGGGGCCACCUGAUGCCUGAUGUGGUAAAAGAUGAAUGGGCCAAGGAGGAGAGAGACAAGUUAAAGGGGAAAAGAAAGACAAGACAGACAAAAGAAGAGGGGAGCGGGGAAGCCGGGGCAUGGAGGGCCUGGCCAUGCUGAGGCAACUAAUUGGACAGGUUCAGGAGCUCUGGGAACUCUACGGCUCUCCUCCUCAUUAUCUCCACCACCACCACCACCACCACCAACAGCAGCUGCAGCACCGCCCCCAUUAUCAAACUCAACAGCAUCAAAGAUGGUGCUUUCUUGAUCUUGAUGACAACUCUCUGGAUAAUGGUUACUACAAUCUUAUAAUGAGGGGAGGGAAGUCCAGUGAUCUAAAGACGGUAGAAAACUACAAGCCACCACCCACCAAGAAGUCUCGAAGAGAGCGUAACCGUGAAAAGUUGGUUGAAACUGUUGGUUCCACUGAAAUAAUGGAACAGCAGAUUUGGAAAGAAUUCCCUGAGGACCUGUUUGAAGCUGUUAUUGCAAGACUCCCCAUAGCAACAUUCUUCCGUUUCCGUUCAGUUUGCCGGAAAUGGAAUUCCUUGCUGACCUCCCAUAGUUUCUCUCAACAUUGUGCUGAGGUGCCACAAGGCCAUCCCUGGUUCUAUGCCAUAACUCAUGAAAAUGUCAACAGUGGAGCCAUGUAUGAUCCUUCUACAAAGAAAUGGCACCACCCGUCCAUCCCUUGUCUGCCUACAAAGAUAAUCAUCCUCCCAGUGGCUUCAGCAGGUGGUCUUGUAUGCUUUCUGGAUAUUGGUCAUAGGAACUUCUACGUAUGUAACCCUUUGACUCACUCAUUCAAAGAGCUGCCUGCAAGAUCAGUCAGGGUCUGGUCUCGUGUGGCAGUUGGGAUGACUCUGAAUGGGAAUAAUUCCACCAGCAGGGGCUACAAAAUCCUCUGGGUUGGAUGUGAUGGUGAGCAUGAGGUCUAUGAUUCAGAGAAGAACACUUGGACCCGUCCAGGAAGCAUGCCGUCGAACAUCAAGCUACCCCUGGCACUGAACUUCCGGUCACAGGCUGUAUCAAUUGAUGAUACACUAUACUUCAUGCGUGCUGAUCCAGAAGGGAUUGUAUCCUAUAAUAUGACUAGUGGGGUUUGGAAGCAGUUUCCUAUUCCGGCACCACCCCAUCUGACAGACCAUACCCUCGCAGAAUGCAGGGGUAGGAUCUUGCUUGUUGGGUUGCUGACAAAAAAUGCAGCAACAUGUGUUUGCAUAUGGGAGCUGCAGAAGAUGACACUCUUGUGGAAGGAGGUUGACAGAAUGCCAAAUAUCUGGUGCUUGGAAUUUUAUGGAAAGCACGUUAGGAUGAAUUGCUUGGGUAACAAGGGAUUGCUGAUGCUGUCUUUGAGGUCGAGGCAGAUGAAUCGUCUGGUUACCUAUGAUAUCGCAAGCGGGGAGUGGCGGAAAGUUCCAGGUUGUGUGCUCCCACGUGGGAGGAAGCGACAGUGGAUUGCUUGUGGCACAGCGUUUCACCCGUGCCCAACUGCUUUGGCCUGAUUUUGCCUUUUCAUGUAGCUUUCUUUAGCUUGCAGCAGCAUCGGUUCGAAAUCCAAAGUGGAUAUUAUUCCUAUCAUCAAUUGUGGAUAUUAUUAGCAACGCCUCUCUCUCUCUCGCUCUUUCUCUCUUUCUCUCAUUCUCUCUCUGCCAAGUUAAUUAUAUGACCUUGCUCCAAGUUUUUUGUA